AUGUCCGUGCCAGGCAGCUCCACGCUUCGCAAGAAAAGAAAGAUCGCCGUGCUCGGCUCGCGAUCCGUCGGCAAAUCCUCGCUGAUCGUGCGCUACGUCGAGGACGCCUUUGUCGACUCGUACUACCCGACCAUCGAGAACAUCUUCCAAAAGACCAUCACCCACCGCGGUCAGGAAUACGACUGCGACAUCAUCGACACAGCGGGUCAGGACGAGUAUUCGAUCCUCAACUCGAAACACGCCAUUGGCAUCCACGGUUACAUGCUCGUCUACAGCAUCGCCUCGCGCAACAGCUUCGACAUGGUGCAGACGGUGUACGACAAGAUCCUCAACUACACGGGUACCGAGUCGGUCCCCUGCGUCAUUGUGGGGCAGAAGAGCGAUCUGCACGUCCAAAGGCAGGUGAGCGAAGCCGAGGGCAAGCAGUUGGCAACACAGCUCAAGGCCGCUUGGAUCGAAGUCAGCGCAAGACACAACGCAAAUGUCGCCAAGGCCUUCGAGUCGAUGUUGGGCGAGACGGAUAAGGGCACCCAGGAGGGCGGACCCGAACCACAACCCAGCAAGUGCAUCGUCAUGUAA